CAACAAGGCGUGGCAUCUCCAACCAGCGCCAAGCUGGCGAUACGGCUUAUCGCACGUGAUAUCUCACUCACCGCCCACGCGCCAUGCCCCUCUUGAAACAUCCCUCUUGUGCCUCCUCCCACUUAUUGUGACGUCUAUAGACUCUGAUCGUUGCUCUGUACUCACCAUGUCUGCUAAGGUCCCACGAAACUUCAGACUCCUGGAGGAACUCGACAAAGGAGAGAAGGGUCUGAGCGCAGAUGCCUGCUCCUACGGUCUCGCCGACGGCGAGGAUAUGAUGAUGAGCAACUGGAACGGUACCAUUCUCGGCCCGCCUCACAGCGUCCACGAAAACCGCAUAUACAGUGUGAACAUCCACUGCGGACCCGACUACCCCGAUAACCCUCCCACCAUCCAAUUCGUCUCUCGCGUCAACAUCCCCUGCGUUGACCCCAGCUCCGGCAAGGUGGACCCCACGAAGCUCCCUACUCUUGCUCAGUGGAAGCGCGACUUUACCAUGGAGACUGUCUUGAUUGAAUUGAGACGGUACAUGGCCUUGCCACAGCAUAAGAAAUUGCCGCAGCCCCCAGAAGGCUCGAAUUUCUGAUCCAACAUCUGUUUCAGAUGGUGCAGACAGAUUUACGAGUAUCAGGAUCGGCUUCCAUCUGAUUCACUGGCUUUUUCUAUCCUUCAAUGACCCUACUAGAGCGUGUACAGUCACUGCAUGAAUGCAUCAGGUUUCUUUGGAAAUCAGCUCUCGAUUCUUAUCUUAUGACUCGGUAUUUAUGGAGUGUUGUGUUUUAUGAGCCCCUACAUUGCGACAGGCGCUGUUUAAGUUACGAAUAAACAAUGAUCUCCCUUUAUUCAUCGGCAGCUCCGGAGAGUAGGGUGGUUGAUCAAGAAAUAUUUACACGUAGGAUCAUUCACUGCCAAGAGUUACAUAGAGUAGUGGCGAGUGCGGUUCAUUCUGAGUGGCAAUGUGAUCAAGGUGGAGGAGAAGGAGACUAGUCUCGUCGCGUAAUCAAG